AUGGCGCCCCCAAGCAGUGACCCCAAGGCUUCGCUACCCGUCGACAAGGACUACUACAACCCGAAGGCGAGGCCCUUGCCGGAAGACCCGACGCUCCGCGGCUACGUCGAGACCGUCCUCCGCGACGGCUACGUGAUCAUCCCGAACGCCUUCACCGAGGCCGAGGCCGUGGAGGCCAUCGCCGAGAUCGACCGGCUGCACGGCAACGACCCGCUGACGGGCGCCACCGCCUUCGACGGUCACCGGACGAACCGCAUCCUCUCGCUGCUGGGCAAGACGCGCGUCUUUGACAAGUUCUGCCUGCUCCCGCCGGUGCUCGCGCUCAACGACCACUUCCUGGACCCGGACUACCUCUUCUACAUCGCCGAGACCAUCGUCAUCCGCCCGGGCGAGCGCAACCAGGUGCUCCACCACGACGACGGCGUCGUGCACAUCCCGCGCCCCCGGCCGCCCGUCACGGCGGCGACCAUGAUCGUGCUCGACGACUACACCGAGUCCAACGGCGCCACGCGCAUCGUCCCGGGCUCGCACCUGUGGGCGAGCGACCGCGUCGCCGAGGAGCACGAGGCCGUCUCCGCCGUGUGCCCGAGAGGCAGCGUCGUCUACUUCCUCGGCACGACGUGGCACUCGGGCGGCGCCAACCGCACCCGGAAGCCGCGCUACGCGGCCACCAUACAGUACUGCCAGCCGUACAUCCGGCCCCUGGAGAACCUGAUGGUCGGGGUCGACCCGCGGAGGGUCCUGUCGGGGGAGAUCCCGAAGCGGAUCGCCGACAUGAUGGGCUACCGGAGCGCGAUUCCCUUUAUCGGGUACGUCGACGGGAUGAACCCGCGAAAGGCGGCGAAGCGUCUCGUACGCUGGCUCCAGGCGCCGGUCGAUUCCAAUCCGCCGACUUUUGCAAAGGAGGAGGGUGAGAAAGAAGGUCAUAUGCCCAGUAAGCUUUGA